GGAGGGCACACCUAAAGCCGUGUGAAUUAAAUUUCAAUUUGGGACUUCAUCGGAGAAGCGUUUCGCCAAAACGUGGUCAAGUUUGUUUUGCUGGAAGACCAAACUGUAAGUCCUUUUCAUUUUCCCCUUUCCAUAAGUGCGGAAAAAAAAGAAGGGGAAAAAAACAUAUCACCCACCUGGUUACGCUACCUUGAAAUAUACGAAUGAGCUAAGCGCACACGUGGCUUCCUCCAAAAUGCAGUUUUACCUCUCAUCGUAGGGGCAUAUACAUAGAAGGAACCCCGGGGAGGACGAUGCGGGGUUGAUUAAGGAGCGAAUCAGUUUGCUGAGCAAGCGAAGUGAGUUGCUCGCACGAGGGCCGCGUCCCCUGCCCAACCGCAACACACACAUGAACACACAGGCAACCGCGCGAAGAGAAGCCAACCCCAUCCACCCGUACUGCACAGCGAAACUCACUAUUAUGACAACAGAAAAUUUAAAUGAAAAGGAUCAGGACCUGCUUAGCCCUUUUGCUAGUCCUCCACGUGCAGCUACCGCGAGGCCUGCUAUUUUGCCAUGGCUUUCUCCUAGAUAGCCGAAUUAUCUCCUCCCCCCGUGGAUCAUGGAGCCCUUUUCGGAAAAGAAAGCGCGACGGGAAUAAUGCCUCCAGGGGGAUGAGCACCGACAGUGCAUACCUCACUUGGGCUAUGUCAGAUGGAAACGAGGAGACAUCCCUUGUCAGUGGAGAGGUUCCCAAUUUGCAGGACGAACUCGCCAAUUUGAAGGAGGAGCUUCCCAUAGUGAAUAGAGAACUCUCCAGUUUGCGCGAAGAGCUGCCCGAGGGGGAUACGAAGGAAGGGCCUUCCAAGGCGGACAUAAAAACGAAGGCACAAAAGCAAAAGGCAGAAAUUGAGGAAAUUAUAAAAAAAAGCGAAAACAUAACCGUAGAGCGCUCCUUUUCCUUUAACAGAAGUGACAUCACGAUUAAGCCGGAACUCCUAAAAGAGCUCAUUACGCAGAAGUACCGGAGGCUCUUCCAGCGGCACGACAGGGACUGCGGCAGUAGCGAGAUUCAAAUUAUCAUUUUGACGUUCAAAAUAUUUUUCCUCACGGAGCAUAUGAAGCGGAACAAGAAGGACUUUGCCUGCCUGAGAGGCCUCUUCAAAUGCGUAAGCAAGCGGAGGAGGCUGCUCGUCUACCUGGGGAGGAAAAACAGAGACAUCUUUGACCAAGUCACGGACUUUUUUAAAAUUAAAAAACCGCUGCUUCCAGGGACGGCCGAAUAUUACAACAAAGAUCUGAAGUAUGUUCAUUUCCACAACACGAAGAGGUUUAAAAACAGCGCGGAGCGGAAGAAGAAGGUUAAGGCGAAGAGCAGGAAGGUGCAGACGGACAAAAUUUUGUUUGGCGACUGA